AUGUUACAGUAUCAUGCCAUCGGGGCCGACGGGAGUCACUCCAUCUCCUACCCAAGACUCACGGAAUUAUCUGAUGGCACAAUCCUUGCGACCGCAGCAUACUCUGGAGACCACCCUCCGCAUUUCCCCAUCUUUGCCAGUGAGGACGGCGGUGCGACAUGGGAAUGGCGAAGCAACUUGACUGACCAAGUCAAUGGACUUGGCUUUGGAUCUCAGCCUGCCUUGGCUGAGCUCACCUUUAACCUUGGAAUCUUCAAAGCUGGUACCGUGCUCGCGAGCGGCAACAGUGCUGGCGCCAACGGCACAAACAUUGAUCUUUACGCAAGUACUGACAAAGGCGAGACGUGGAAAUUCAUCAGCAAUGUGGCUAGGGGAAGUGCUCCCAGUACUCAAAAUGGCAAUCCCUGCAUUUGGGAGCCAUUCAUUCUUCCUACGAACAACACAGUUGGCGUGUUUUACUCUGAUCAGCGAGAUCCUCUACACGGGCAAAAGUUGUCUCACCAAGUUUCAACAGAUCUGAAGAAUUGGGGCGAUGUUGUUAAUGAUGUCGCUUACCCGCUGUAUACUGAUCGACCUGGAAUGACUGUCAUCGAUUACAUCCCGCCUCUGAAGAAAUGGAUCCUGGUACAUGAAUUUCCAGGCGGAGACUCAUGGUCUGGUGCCGGUUACCCCGUAUACUAUAGGCUCGCGGAUAGUCCCUUUGACUUCCGAUAUGCCUACGGCUACCCCAUUGUUUUCAACGGCGUGCAGCCCAGCAGCAGUCCAUAUGUUGUAUGGACACCAGAGGGUGGCAUCAAUGGCACCAUCGUCGUCUCAGACGCCGACCACCAGAGUGUCUUUACCAACCGAGCCAACGGUCAGCCUGAUCAAUGGGAGAAGCAUAAUUCUCCUCAGCCAAAGGCAUACAGCCGUGCCCUCCACAUCUUUAGCAAAGAAAACAGUCGUCUCAUGAUCCUCGGUGCAGGCAACUUCCCUGGCGUUGACCCUCCGGGAACAAACCGACCACUCUAUGCAAGUGUUGUGGAAAUUCAGGACAUUUUGAGGAAUAAACCAGGAUAA